CAGAAAACCGUCUUACAGCUCGCCUUCGACUUCCCCUUCCCACUCUCCGUUAUCAACAACCACUGACAGGCAAGCAUUGGCUCUCGAUCCUAAUCCACCCCAGGCAAGUCAGCUCGAAGCCUUAUCCCUGGUACGCUACCAUAAUGCUACUGCUGCUACCACCUCAGAUGAUCCUGUCGACUUAUAAAGAAGCCGUUCAGACCCUCUUCCCCCCCGGCAAUGCGCCUCCUCUCUCCUCCUCCUCCUCCUCCUUCUCAUCUCCUCUGGCUUCGUCCUACGAGUGGCCAUCACCUUUUUGCAAGGCCCUACUUGAACCUUUGCCAACCAGGUGCCACAGUUGAGGGUGGAAGAGUCCCUUGACGUCGACAUGGCGGACAAGGUCGAGUAUGACCCUGAAAAGGGCACUGAACCCACCAAGAGAGGAAGUAUAACUGGUCGGAAGUCUUCUGUCGCCGAGUCAAUCAUCGCUGCAGACUUGCUUGAUGAACGAUACGCCACUACUCAACGUGGCCUCAAGAGCAGACAUGCUCAAAUGAUCGCCCUGGGCGGAACUAUUGGUACUGGUCUCUUCGUCGGUUCUGGCGCAACGCUUGCUCUGGGUGGUCCUGCGUUCAUCUUAGCCGCCUACGUGAUCAUGACCUUCCUGGUAUAUUGUGUCGUGACCGCCAUCACCGAGGUAGCGGCCUAUCUGCCCGUCCACGGCGGGACCAUGUCCUACUAUGGGUACCGAUACGUUUCUCGUUCCAUGGGCUUUGCAUUGGGUUACCUCUACUGGUACGCCCUGGGCAUUCUUGUCCCGUACGAAAUUACUGCGGCCGGUCUGGUCAUCGACUACUGGCCCAACAACGUCAAUAUCGCCGUCUGGAUGACAAUUAUGCUGGUUGUCAUCAUCGGUCUCAACUUCCUCCCCGUCCGAUUCUAUGGCGAGACAGAAUUCUGGUUCGCCGGAACAAAGGUUAUCUUGAUGACCGGUCUCCUCAUCCUCAGCUUCAUCCUCUUUUGGGGUGGCGGGCCUAGCCACGACCGUCUGGGUUUCAGGUACUGGAACGAUCCGGGCGCAGCACAUCCUUAUAUCGUCGGAGGCGGCACGGGUCGCUUUGUCGCCUUCUGGGAAACCCUCGUUCUGUCCGUCUUCCCUUUCACCUUUGCUCCGGAACUCCUGGUCGUGACGGGUGGAGAAAUGGAAUCACCACGACGGAACCUACCCCUUGCCUCCAAGCGCUAUUUCUACCGCCUGGUUAUCUUUUACGUCCUCAGCGUCUUGGCGAUUGGCGUGACCUGCCCCAGCAACGAUAAACGCUUGACCGACGGUGGAGCUGGUGCAAAGUCUUCGCCCUUCGUCGUCGCCGUCGCCAAUGCCGGAAUCCACACCCUCCCAUCCAUCGUCAACGCCGUCAUCCUUAUCUCAGCCUGGUCGUCUGGCAACUCCUUCCUCUACAUCUCCUCACGUGCGCUUUAUUCGCUUGCGGUCCAGGGCUCCGCUCCCCGAAUCUUCAAAGCCUGCAAUCGCUGGGGUGUCCCCUACAUGGCGGUGGGCUGUUCUUCCCUAUUCUGCGGUCUCGCCUAUCUAAAUGUCGCCUCCUCUGGUUCUACGGUGUUUAACUGGUUUGUCAACCUUACCAAUACAUGGGGCAUGACCUCGUGGGUUUGCUGUAUGAUUAUCUAUCUCCGCUUUCGAAAAGCCUGCCAGGCGCAAGGAAUCCAACCUAUAUACCGAAACUGGAUUCAGCCUUAUGGCGCCUGGAUCGCGAUGGUGUCAUUCACUAUCCUCUGCCUCAUCAACGGCUUCACCGUCUUCUUCCCCAGCGAAUGGUCCGCCUCGUCGUUCUUGACCGCCUAUAUCGGAAUCCCCAUCUUCGUCGUCAUGUACGUUGGGCAUCGGAUUGUGUUCUGGCACGACAAGUGGGCGUGGGAUCCAAUGGAGGUGGACAUGCAGACGGGCUUGCAGGAGGUCAUUGACGCAGAGAAACCGCUGAAGAAGAGGAAAGGAUUUGCGAGAAUCUGCAUGAUCAUCGAAUAGAGCUUCUAGACGAGGGGUUGACGCAAAAAUGACUCGUGUUCCAAGCCCAUGUGGUGAAAAUAGAUUGUGUUGAAAAAUCCACGUGGUGAAAAUGAGUCGUGGUGUCGCUGUCUUCCUUUCCGAGAGGCUCACCGUCGUCAAUUCCCCACUGUGGGCGGAUUAGUUAGUGUCCUCGUGUUCAUUAUUGACCCCUUGUACCUACAGUGGUACAUAGAAAGCUACAUAAAGUUAUCUAUCCAGGCUAUUCCUCAAAGUGGC